UUGUCAAGUCGCCCAUGUCAGAAACUAAGCUCACGGGGGACGCCUUUGAGCUGUACUGUGACGUGGUCGGGAGUCCCACGCCAGAGAUCCAGUGGUGGUACGCAGAAGUCAACCGGGCAGAGUCUUUCAGACAGCUGUGGGACGGUGCUCGGAAGCGCCGUGUCACCGUAAACACCGCCUACGGGUCAAACGGCGUGAGUGUGCUGAGAAUAACCCGGCUCACCUUGGAGGACUCUGGGACUUACGAGUGCAGGGCCAGCAACGACCCCAAGAGGAAUGACUUGAGGCAAAACCCCUCCAUAACAUGGAUUCGAGCCCAGGCCACCAUAAGCGUCCUUCAGAAGCCAAGAAUUGUCACCAGUGAAGAAGUCAUUAUUCGAGACAGCCCUGCCCUCCCUGUCACCUUGCAGUGUAACCUCACCUCCAGCUCUCACACACUUACAUACAGCUACUGGACAAGGAAUGGGGUAGAAUUGACUGCCACUCGUAAGAAUGCCAGCAACAUGGAAUACAGGAUCAAUAAGCCAAGAGCUGAGGAUUCAGGCGAAUACCACUGCGUAUACCAUUUUGUCAGCGCUCCUAAAGCAAAUGCCACCAUUGAAGUGAAAGCUGCUCCUGACAUCACUGGCCAUAAACGGAGUGAGAACAAGAAUGAGGGGCAGGAUGCCAUAAUGUACUGCAAGUCAGUUGGCUAUCCCCACCCAGAGUGGAUAUGGCGCAAGAAGGAGGAGAAUGGUGUGCUCUCAGAUAUUGGCAAUGCCUCUGGUCGCUUCUUCAUCAUCAACAAGGAGAAUUAUACAGAGUUGAGUAUUAUAAACCUCCAGAUCACAGAAGAUCCCGGAGAGUAUGAAUGUAAUGCUACUAACUCUAUUGGCUCCGCCUCAGUGUUCACCAUCCUCAGGGUACGAAGCCACCUGGCCCCACUCUGGCCUUUCUUGGGAAUUCUGGCUGAAAUCAUCAUCCUUGUAGUGAUCAUUGUUGUGUAUGAGAAGAGGAAGAGGCCAGAUGAGGUUCCUGACGAUGAUGAACCAGCUGGGCCAAUGAAAACCAACUCUACCAACAAUCACAAAGAUAAAAACUUGCGCCAGAGAAACACAAAUUAAGUACUGCUUAUAAUAUCUUUAGGUUCCUGAAACUGGUGGCAUCAUGACCUGCUAAAUUUUUGCUUGGACCUCUUUGGUCUCCCUUUUCAAAGUGAGCAACACCACAAUGACCGUCUAAAGCAUGCCUUAUUUAGCCUCUCCUAUAAGGGUGACCUAGCCAGGUACAUUUUAAACAGUGCUUCAGUGUAGAAGGUGUAAACUAUUUUGGGCUUGAUGUGCUGUGAAUGUUGCUUUCUUUCCUUUGUUAAAAUAUUUAAAUAGAAAUGAAAAGGUCCUCUGAGGACCAGAUCGUGCAUGCGCCAUUUUUUACUUAAAGCAGCUGUUCAAUUGGCAAAGCUCUAAAAUGCACUGCUGCCAUCUAGUGAUACAUUUUUGUAAAGUACUCAAAACCUACAGAUAUAUACAAUAUAUAAAUAUAUAUAUAUAUAUAUUUAUAUUUUUUGGGGUGGGAGAAAUCCAAAAUAAAAUAAAUGCUUGUUUCAUGUUUAAAAUGCUGAUAUUCAUUCCUUAUUGUAUGUUGUCAGAUGAGGAAAUGUGCAGUUAUGGUACAUAAAGAUAGAUAAUUUAUAAAUUCUGAAGUCUGUAAUUUUAAGGGCUUAACCUACAACUUUAAUAAGAUGAUGGAAUAGUCCACUGAAGGGAUAUAAUGAAUUGCAGUAUAUAUGUAUGAUUGCUUUUAAGUGACUAUUUUUUCUUCUGUUAAAUCAUGUAAAUUCUUAAAUCCUUUUGCACUGAUGUAUUGAACCUUAUUCUUGUAUAUUUGAUCCAAGGCAAAUUUUAUAAUUUACCUUUUGUUUUCAAUAACCUUGAGAUGUUAUAGCAUGGUGAAACUCUAUGCAACUCUAGUUAUACUUUUUGCUUUGACACUAUUUUUUCACAUUGAUUAAUGAUUGAUGGUAGAUUUUAUAACCUGACCAGGUUCUCAUGCAGUACGUAACUAUAGAUGCAUGUACUUGUGUUUUGUGUAAUUGUUGAAGUGCA